UGGAAAACAUUAGAUUCGUGUUUAGUUAGAUAUCAGCAGUAGUUUUAUUAUUUAGUAUGACCAUGGAGAGAUUUAUUGAUAUGGUUCGACAGCUACCCUGUUUGUGGGACACUAGUUGCCGAGAUUACCGCGACAUGAGAAAGAAAGAGAUCGCUUGGAAAAGAAUUGUCACACAAUUAAAAUGCGAAGAUAUACCCGACGUUAAAACAGCAAAAGCAGAAUGGAAGAAACUGAGAGAUAGUCAUAGAGAUUCUUUAAAAAGAGUGCGAGCAUUGGCUAAUGGACAAGACACAGCAUUGAACAAUAAGUGGAAAUAUGCAGAUAUAAUGGAAUUUCUUUUACCACACAUGAAAACAAGGAAAAGAAGACGUAAUCUUACAAUGUCCAGUGAUGAAAACAAGGAGUCUUCACCAUCACCUUCGGACUCAUUCCUAGAAACACAGCCAUCUACAUCAAACACUGACACAUUAACCUUUAACUCAGAAUCUCACACUAACAAGUUGGACACAUCCUUAGAAAAUGAACAUCUAUAUAGAAAGAGGAAAGUGGAAAAUGAUAUAGGAGAAAUAAUGAUUGAUAUGGAUGGCAGAAAUAAUAGCAAUUAUACUUCAAGCAAACAUCCAUUAGACUCAUUCUUUGAAAGUAUGUGUGAGACCACCAAACAGUUUCCUACUUGGCUGCAAUAUACUGUUAAAAGAAAAAUAUUCAAUGUCAUCUCUGAGGCUGAAGACACAUUUGAAACUUACAAAUCUAGAGAAACAAUAUUUUGAACCUUUUUUUCAAAUGCACCACACCUAGACCCUGUUACAGUAUUUUAACACAUAAAAGCUUGUUACAAAAAGUUUAUCUUCAGCAACUAGCAGCUACCACUGUACUGAUUUCAUAGCUCAUUCAACAUUUCAGAUACUGAAAUAAACAUUCCGUGUCAGCAUAUUGUUUUCUUUUUUAAGACAGGCAUUUAGGUUGCU